GAAUAAGGCAUUUUAUUGUCCGGUUACAUAAUAUUAAUAGUUUUUUGAAAUAUAUGAUUUUAUUGAAAGACAAAUAGAUACUGUAAGCGUAGGAACGAUAUUAACACACUAUAAUGCCAAUAAAUUAAUACGUGAGCCCUCGCGACUCCCGCGCACCCCAGGUCGGCCAUGAUCUGUUAAUGGAUCCUUAGAACUACCGCUUCAAAAAAAAAAAAGUUAAAACGGGGUAAUAUUUACUUUAGUAGUAGGUUAGCUAUAAUACGAAUAGGUACAUUAUAUGUUAGUACAUUAUGUUGAUUAAAUUUCCAUUUUACGAGCGCGUUGUCAACAACAUAUUUUAGUCGAAAGAUUUUACAGUUAAACUCUUAUUUGCAAAAAAUGUAUAAGGAAAUUAUAUUUGCUAUUUUUUUAAUAUAUUAUAAUGACGUUAUUUGCGGCUUGUUGGAAAUGGAAAAAGAAGAAACUACACGAGCACCGAUGGACCUUACGAAGUUGAACAAUGAGUUAUAUUGCAAGUUUCAGCCAAAUGAGUACGAUUGUGGUGAAAAAGAUAGACGCCAUUAUAAUUGGUAUUACUUUGACCUUAAAUUGGAAGAUUGCAAACCUAUUUCUAGUUCGGUAGGAGAUUGCAGCGACAACAAAAAUGCAUUUUCAUCUUUGAAGAACUGUAAAGAAACAUGUCGUGAAUUCGGCAUGGUUUCUAUUUUGCCUAAUUUGACGGAGAAUGUUUUUUGCCGUUUACAAUUUGAUUUCGGAGAUUGUAGUGAUUACCAUCCUUUGUGGUAUUUCGACGUGUCAACGAGAACUUGCAAGGGAUUCUCCUACAGUGGCUGUGGCGGGAACCAAAAUAAGUUCGGGACGCAGCAAGACUGCACCACGGCCUGCCUGCCAAACGUCGACUACAAUGUUAGGGUGCUGUAGUCAUUUCAGCUGUAUUUAAAAUUUUGAUAAGAAAUAAACCUGACGUCAACCAG